UCGGCUUUCGUUUCCUCUACUCUUCCUUUCACUCAACAAAUCCAACAAAACCUUUUGUCCACUCAAUCGCGAACCGCCACUCAAAACAAUUACAAGUCGAGCGCUUCGCGAUGGGAGCGCGAAGAGCAGCGACCCAAUCGGGCCGACGACCGGUUCCGCGCGCGAGACAACGAUCGGCCCUCUCGUCUGAAUGACGCGAAAGGUAAGCGAAACGAUUCGCGCGAUCGAAACAUUGUGUCCAAAGAGGGAAGAGAUGAGUUCGGACGCGACCUCAGAGGCGGAGAGCGCAACAAAGAGAAGGACAAAGAGCGCGAACGCGAGCGACCAGAGCGUCGGGUCAGACGCUCAGAGUCUCCCGCGAAUAGUAUUGGCAGUCAGAACGUGGUUCGAGCGGUCAGACGCCGCUACGAACCCGUCAAUAUCCCAAAGUUGGCUAUUCUUAAGACUCCUCUCAACGUAUAUGACAUAAAACAAAGAUAUUCUGCGAAUCUUCACAUUCCUUCUGAUCUAAAGGAAGUGAUUGUAAAUUCAAACUUUACUCUCAAUAUCAAUGAUAUCCCAAAACCAAUCACUUUUAGAGUGAUUGAAGUGAAAGACGACAACAAGAAGAAAGAGGUGUCGAAAAAGACUGAUUCGCCGAAAGAGAAUAAAGAGAAGGCGACUAAAGAAGGAGAUAAGAGUGAAACCAAAGAGGAGGCCGAAGAUGAAAGCAAAACUGAAAUUUGCAAAGAAAGCGACGAAACUAAUGCCAAGACUGAUAGCAAAGACAAGCCUUCAUCUGUUGAUCAUCCGAUUGUAUCGAAGACUACGUAUAAAUACGGCGUCAAAGUCCUCAUCAUUUCAUUGCCAUCGAUGAGCGAUAUCUACGACCGAAUGUUUGGCUCAGAUUUCGACGCCAUUAGUACCGGAAGUAAAUCAUAUUUCUUGCAUUUCAACAAACUUUUGGCGUUUUUGGUCUCAAGAAACACAAACGACGGCUUUUCUCUGAUCGGCGGUAAAUUCAACGCCCAAAUAGACGGCUAUUUACCCGAUUCCGAGGAACCAAAUCUGAUCGCAACAGCAGUUCGUUUGGUCGGCGAACAAACGGGAAUGAAUUUGUCUAAAUGCGCGAAAUGGAGAUUAAUCGCCACUUUUGUUUACAAUCGCGACAACUCUGUGGACCCAAUGACUCCGAGUCUUGAGAUCAAUCGAGUGUUUAUGCCUGACGUUUGGUCUGCUUUUGAUGGCAUUUACGACAAACAGCCGAAAAAC